AUGGCUAGACCAAGUGACUCGGAUACUUCAGCACAGAACACGCCGAAACAGAAUAUCAGUACGGAUCGAGCAUGGGCCCAGUGCGCUAAAGACGUGUGGAGUGAUGAAGCAGAUCGCGUGAAGACAUGGAACGAUGAAAUUGACACCUUAUUGGUUUUUGCGGGUCUCUUCUCGGCAAUACUGACGGCUUUUGUCGUCCAGUACUACCCGACUCUACAAGCCAGCGGCGGUGCGCAGCCGCAGAUUGUCAUCAUCUCGACCCCCGACAGCGCCAACCUCACCGUCUCCUAUCCCGCACCACCACCCACUCCCGUAACGGCGUUAGCCAUCGCCAUAAACGCACUAUGGUUCGUCGCGCUCGUUUUCAGCAUCACAUCCGCAUCGCUGGGUAUCAGCGUGAAGCAAUGGCUGGCGCAUUACAUCCCCUCAGAGUCGGAUAUCGGCGACGCUCGCCUCCGCCUGCAUAUCUGGCGUCUGCGCUCACGCGGUCUGGCGCGGUGGCACGUACCGGAGAUCAUCGGCCUACUCCCGUUGCUGCUGCAGGUGGCCCUCGCACUCUUUCUCGUCGGGCUUGUCCUCUUUCUGUGGACGCUCAACGGAGCGAUUGCCUACCUGAUGAUGGUCCUCAUAUCUGUGCUGCUGGCAUUUACAGCGGCAACCGCGCUCAUACCGCUCGUGGAGAUCGACUGUCCGUUCAAAUCACCAGUGUCGUGGUGGCUCUGUACUAUGGUG